AUGCAACAUGACAUCUACAGUCUGGGAGUAUGCCUGCUGGAGAUCGGACUAUGGAGCUCCUUUGUCAAGUACGGCGACGGCGAUGUUGUCCUAGGUCCCGGAGACGUCCUGGGGUUGACUUCAAGCGAUCUGUGUCAAGCUACUCCAAUCUCGAUGAAACAUCAUCUUGUUGAACUUGCGAAGAGCAGAUUACCGGCCGCGCUUGGAAAUGUGUAUACCGAAGUGGUCCUAAGUUGUCUUACCUGCUUGGAUGCCGAUAGCGAGGACUUUGAGGAGAUUGGCGAUGAUGAAGAUGUCGAUGGCGUCUUUGUAGGAGUCAAGUUUAUUGAGAGGGUUUUGUUCAAGCUGAACGAGAUCAAUGUGUAG